CUUAUGCUGUACCACCACCACCACCACCAACCUCGCCUCUGCUAUUCAUCCAUCGCCGCCCAUUCAUGGCUUCCCUUUCGGUUUAAUUUCUCCUACCACCGCUCGCUACUCUUCUUCCUUUCUUUAUGCCUGUCCGGUCCGGCCCUGCAAUUAAAAGCUUCACGCUGUUUCAGUACCACAAGUCACCACUGCAGCGCGUUUCUUCCUUGGUUUCUGUUUGAUUUCCCCCCCUUGUUAUACUUUCGCCUCUUCUUCUUUCUCCAUCGAUCGCUUGGUUAGGAUGCACCUUGGCGCGCAUCCUGAUGUGCUCUAAUGGCCAUGAAGAUACAAGGAGAAAACGACAUCCUUUCUGCUCUGGCAGGCACACACAAAUGCCCAUGCUUUCGGACUUUCUGCUCUGGCUCGAAUCAGCGGCGAAAAUCACAAUCCUCUGCUUCGCCGUCCUCCUGGCGGCGACGGCGGUGUCGGCACGCCGGCACGCGCCGCCGCAAGCGGGCGCGGCGGGGCAGAGCACCUACAUGGCGCCCAGCUGCCGGGAGCACACGGCGUCGCUGCUGGACUUCGGCGGGGUGGGCGACGGCAACACCUCCAACACGGCGGCGUUCCGCAAGGCGGUGGAGCACCUGUCGCAGUACUCUGGCGAGGGCGGCGGCGGCGGCAUGCUCUACGUGCCCGCCGGCCGGUGGCUCACCGCGCCCUUCAACCUCACCAGCCACUUCACGCUCUUCCUCCACGCCGACGCCGUCAUCCUCGGGACACAGGACGUGGCCCAGUGGCCGGUCAUCGACCCGCUGCCCUCCUACGGCCGCGGCCGGGACCACGCCGGCGGCCGGUACGCGAGCCUCGUGUCCGGGUCCAACCUCACGGACGUGGUGAUCACCGGCAACAACGGCACCAUCGACGGGCAGGGCGCCACGUGGUGGUCCAAGUACAAGUCCGGCAAGCUCAAGUACACGCGCGGCUACCUCAUCGAGCUCAUGCACACCGACGGCGUCUUCAUCUCCAACGUCACGCUGGUGAACUCGCCGGCGUGGAACAUCCAUCCGGUCUACAGCCGCAACAUCGUGGUGUCCGGGGUGACCAUCCUGGCGCCCACCAAGUCGCCCAACACGGACGGCAUCAACCCGGACUCGUGCUCCCAGGUGCGCAUCGAGGACUGCUACGUCGUCUCCGGCGACGACUGCGUGGCCAUCAAGAGCGGCUGGGACGAGUACGGCAUCGCCGUCGGCAUGCCCAGCGAGCACAUCGUGGUCCGCCGCCUCACCUGCGUGUCGCCCACCAGCGCGGUGAUCGCGCUCGGCAGCGAGAUGUCCGGGGGCAUCCGGGACGUGCGCGCCGAGGACAUCACCGCCAUCGGGACCGAGUCGGCCGUGCGGAUCAAGACGGCGGUCGGCCGCGGCGCGUACGUGCGCGACGUCUACGCGCGCCGGAUGAGGCUCGACGGCAUGAAGCGCGUCUUCUGGAUGACCGGCGACUACAAGUCCCACCCCGACGAUGGCUACGACAAGACGGCCGUGCCCGUCGUCGAGAACAUCAGCUACCAGGACGUGGUGGCCACCGGCGUGUGGAAGGAGGCAGCGAGGAUGCAGGGCAUCCAGGGCGCGCCCUUCAAGGGCAUUUGCAUGGCCAACGUCACCGCAGAGAUGACCAAGGAGAGGAAGGUGUCGUGGAACUGCGCCGACGUCGAGGGCGUGUCGACCGGCGUCACCCCGGCGCCAUGCGAGCCGCUGCAGGGCACCCACACCGGCUCCUGCCCGUUCCCCACCGACACGCUCGCCGUCGACCAGAUCACCGUGCAGCAGUGCUCUUACUCUAUCGGCACCCCCGCAUCCCCUGGUUCUGCAGCAGCAGCAGGGAUGGCCAACUAGCAGCUAGCCUGGCUAAUUAAGCUCACUGGCUUAAUCAGCUUCUUAAAUAUGUAUUUCCCAAGUAAGUAAGCAGUAGAUCGAGACUACUCUCCAAUGAAAUGAAAUACAACAACAAUAACAAUCUUCGAGCUCAAGUUGUAUGUCAACUUGGUGUUUCAACACCUUUUUGCAAUGUUGUUUGAUGACCUCUGGCACUCUUUA